CAAACCGGAUGGCGGGAGAGCGCGAGCGCUACUUUGAGCUGGUCAGUUGUAAAGAUGCUGAAGUUUAAAUACGGUGUACGGAAUGGUGUAGAAUCGGGCAUCAUGGAGCCCAUUGCCAGUCGUACCUCUCGACUUAACUUGCUUUUUCAGGGGAAGCUGCCUUCUGUGUCACAACAGCUGAUGUCUCCACUUUCCAGAGAAGGCAUUUUGGACUCCCUAACGCUUCUUUUUGAACAAUGCAGCAACCCCGCUUUAAUGAAAAUGAAGCAUGUGGGCAACUUCGUUAAAAAGUAUUCAGAUUCGAUAGCAGAGUUCCGGGAACUUCAGCCCAGUGUUAAGGACUUUGAAAUCAGGAGUCUGGUGGGACGUGGUCACUUUGCAGAAGUGCAGGUAGUGAGAGAGAAGGCAACCGGUGACAUCUAUGCCAUGAAGGUGAUGAGCAAGGACACUUUGCUGGCACAAAAUCAAUUAUCUUUCUUUGAAGAAGAACGGAAUAUAUUGUCUCAGAGUACCAGCCCUUGGAUUCCACAACUGCAAUAUGCAUUUCAGGACAAAAAGAAUCUUUAUUUGGUUAUGGAAUAUUAUCCUGGAGGAGACCUACUAUCACUCUUAAACAGAUAUGAGGAACAGCUAGAUGAAAACAGUGUUCAGUUCUAUCUGGCAGAACUUGUUCUAGCUGUGCAUAGUGUCCAUUGCAUGGGCUAUGUUCACCGAGAUAUUAAGCCGGAGAAUAUACUGAUUGAAAGAACGGGACACAUCAAAUUGGUGGACUUUGGAUCAGCUGCCAAAAUGACAGUGAACAAAAUGGUGAAUGCCAAGCUGCCUGUGGGUACCCCAGAUUAUAUGGCUCCAGAAAUGCUAAUGGCUUUGGACAGUGAUGGCAAGGGUUCAUAUGGAUCCAAAUGUGACUGGUGGUCUCUGGGGGUGGUGGCUUAUGAAAUGAUCUACGGCAAGGCACCAUUUACUGAAGGAACGUCAUCUAAAACCUUCAAUAAUAUCAUGAAUUUUCAGAGAUUUCUAAAGUUCCCCGAGGAUGUGAAAGUCAGCAAUGAAUUCCUUGAUCUCGUGCAGAGUUUAUUGUGUGGGCAGAAAGAGCGACUAGAUUAUGAAGGCCUGUGCUGUCAUCCAUUUUUUUCUACAGUCGAUUGGAAUUGUAUUCAUAACUCUCCUCCCCCCUUUGUGCCUACCGUCAAGUCUGAUGAUGACACCUCAAAUUUCGAUGAACCAGAGAAGAAUUCACGAAUUGUACCCCCUCUGUGCCAGCUGAACCCUGCAGGUUUCUCAGGAGAAGAUUUGCCAUUCGUGGGGUUCUCUUUCAUCAAAGCGUUUGGGAUCGUCAGAUCAGAGUCAGCUUUGGAUUCUCCAGCCAAGGUUAGCUCCAUGGAAAAGAAACUCUUUUUUAAGAGCAAAGAGCUGCAAGAUACCCAGGAUAAGUGCCACAAGAUGGAGCAGGAAAUGACGCGCUUGCACCGCAGAGUGUCAGAGGUGGAGGCUGUACUUAGCCAAAAGGAGGUGGAACUGAAAGCCUCCGAGACCCAGCGCUCUCUCCUUGAACAGGACCUGGCUACCUACAUCACAGAAUGCAGUAGUUUAAAGCGAAGUCUGGAGCAGGCUCGGAUGGAAGUAUCUCAAGAGGAUGACAAGGCACUGCAGCUUCUUCAUGAUAUCAGAGAACAGAGCAGGAAGCUUCAAGAAAUCAAAGAACAGGAAUAUCAAGCCCAGGUGGAAGAGAUGAAGUUGAUGAUGAAUCAGUUGGAAGAGGAUCUUAUUUCUGCUCGCAGACGUAGUGAUCUUUAUGAAUCUGAGUUGAGAGAGUCUCGAUUGGCUGCUGAAGAUUUUAAACGUAAAGCCACGGAAUGUCACAACAGGCUCCAGAAGGUAGCUAAGGUUAAAGAUCAAGGCAAAACUGAAGUUGGAGAGCUGUAUUCCAAACUGGAGAAGAUCAAUGCAGAGCAACAGGUCAAAAUUCAGGAGCUACAGGAGAAACUGACAAAGGCUAUGAAAGCCAGCUCGGAAGCCACUGAGCUCCUUCAGAAUAUACGCCAGGCAAAAGAGAGAGCAGAGAAGGAGUUGGAGAAGCUGCAGAAUCGAGAAGACUCUAAUGAAGGCAUGAGAAAGAAAUUGCUUGAAGCAGAGGAAAGGCGACAUUCUCUGGAAAACCAAGUGAAGCGUUUAGAGACUGUGGAGCGCAGAGAGAACCGGCUGAAAGAAGAUAUCCAGACUAAAUCUCAGCAGAUCCAGCAGAUGGCAGAUAAAAUUCUGGAGCUAGAAGAGAAGCAUCGGGAGGCACAGCUUGCUGCACAGCACCUGGAGUUGCAUCUGAAACAGAAAGAGCAGAUGUAUGAAGAAAGGAUCAAAGUGCUGGACCAUCAGAUGAAAAAAGAUCUGGCAGAAAAAGAAGCACUAGAAAACGUGCUGAGAAAACAUGAAGAGGAAGCCCGUGAAAAAUGCCAGAUUCUUUCAGAACAGAAAGCAAUGAUCAAUGCUAUGGAUUCAAAGAUUAGGUCUCUGGAACAGAGAAUAGUGGAAUUGUCUGAAGCAAAUAAGCUUGCAGCAAAUAGCAGUUUAUUUACACAGAGGAACAUGAAAGCCCAAGAAGAAAUGAUUUCUGAGCUCCGACAACAGAAGUUUUAUUUGGAAACUCAAGCUGGAAAAUUAGAGGCCCAGAACAGUAAACUGGAGGAACAGUUGGAGAAAAUCACCCACCAGGAUCACAAUGACAAAACGCGCUUGUUAGAGUUGGAGACAAGGUUGCGAGAGGUUAGUCUGGAGCAUGAAGAGCAAAAAUUGGAACUUAAACGACAGUUAACAGAAUUGCAGCUCACCCUCCAGGAGAGGGAAUCUCAGAUUUCAGGGUUGCAGGCAACACGGGCAGCCCUGGAAAGUCAACUACGGGAAGCGAAAACUGAGCUGGAGGAAACUACAGCCGAGGCAGAAGAGGAGAUUCAAGCACUGACGGCGCAUAGAGAUGAAAUCCAGCGUAAAUUUGAAGCCCUUCGUAAUAGCUGCACAGUGAUCACAGACUUGGAAGAGCAGUUGAACCAGCUGACUGAGGACAAUGCCGAUCUGAACAACCAGAAUUUUUUCCUGUCAAAACAGCUGGAUGAGGCUUCAGGAGCAAAUGAUGAGGUGGUCCAGCUGCGAAGCGAGGUUGACCACCUUCGUCGAGAAAUCACAGAGAGGGAGAUGCAGCUCACAAGUCAGAAACAAACAAUGGAGGCCUUAAAGACAACUUGCACAAUGCUGGAAGAGCAAGUGAUGGAUCUGGAGGCUCUGAACGAUGAACUCCUAGAGAAGGAGCGCCAGUGGGAGGCGUGGCGAAGUGUCCUGGGGGAUGAGAAAACUCAGUUUGAAUGUCGGGUUCGAGAGUUGCAGAGAAUGUUGGAUACGGAGAAACAAAGCAGGGUACGAGCAGAUCAGCGUAUUACUGAAUCGCGCCAGGUGGUAGAGCUUGCCGUUAAAGAACACAAGGCAGAAAUCUUGGCUCUGCAGCAAGCAUUAAAGGAACAAAAACUCAAGGCUGAGAGUCUUUCAGACAAGCUUAAUGACUUGGAGAAGAAACACGCCAUGCUCGAGAUGAAUGCUCGUAGCCUGCAGCAGAAGCUUGAGACAGAACGUGAGCUCAAGCAGAGGCUUCUUGAAGAGCAAGCAAAGCUGCAGCAACAGAUGGAUUUGCAGAAAAAUCAUAUAUUUCGACUGACUCAAGGCCUGCAAGAAGCUUUGGAUAGAGCAGACCUCUUGAAGACUGAAAGAAGUGACCUGGAGUACCAGCUAGAGAAUAUCCAGGUUCUCUAUUCCCAUGAAAAAGUGAAAAUGGAGGGCACUAUUUCUCAGCAAACCAAGCUCAUUGACUUCCUGCAAGCAAAGAUGGACCAGCCUGCCAAAAAGAAGAAGGGCCUGUUUAGUCGACGGAAAGAGGACCCUUCUUUACCCACACAGGUUCCUCUGCAGUACAAUGAGCUGAAGGUGGCAUUGGAGAAGGAGAAGGCCCGUUCGGCUGAGCUGGAGGAGGCCCUUCAGAAAACACGCAUUGAGCUCAGAUCUGCUCGAGAGGAAGCUGCCCAUAGGAAAAUUACAGACCACCCUCACCCAUCCACUCCUGCCACGGCCAGGCAGCAGAUCAUCAUGUCUGCCAUAGUCCGGUCACCAGAACACCAGCCCACGCCCAUCAGCCUGCUUGCUCCUCCCUCAAGCCGCAGAAAGGAGUCCUCCACACCAGAGGAGUUCAACCGGCGGCUGAAAGAGAGGAUGCACCAUAAUAUUCCUCAUCGGUUCAAUGUGGGACUCAACAUGAGAGCAACAAAAUGUGCAGUUUGCUUGGAUACUGUACACUUUGGGCGGCAGGCAUCAAAAUGUCUUGAAUGCCAAAUGAUGUGUCAUCCCAAAUGCUCCGCAUGCUUGCCAGCUACUUGCGGCUUGCCUACAGAAUACGCCACUCAUUUCUCUGAAGCUUUUUGCCGGGACAAAUUGAACUCUCCUGGUCUGCAGCUGAAAGAGCCAAGCAGCAGUUUACGGCUUGAAGGAUGGAUGAAGGUGCCAAGAAAUAAUAAGCGUGGGCAGCAGGGCUGGGACAGGAAAUACAUAGUUCUGGAAGGAACUAAAGUGCUUGUUUAUGACACAGAAGUACGAGAAGCUGGACAAAGGCCUGUAGAAGAGUUUGAGCUGUGUCUUCCUGAUGGCGAUGUCACUGUACACGGAGCAGUGGGAGCCACUGAACUGCUAAAUACAGCUAAGACAGAUGUGCCAUAUAUCUUAAAGUUGGAGUCUCAUCCCCAUACCACUUGUUGGCCUGGUCGGACCCUCUAUUUACUAGCACCCACUUUUCCUGAUAAGCAACGCUGGGUCAGUGCACUGGAGUCCAUAGUCGCUGGAGGCAGAGUUUCCAGGGAAAAAGCAGAAGCUGAUGCCAAGCUACUUGGAAAUUCUUUGCUAAAGCUCGAGGGGGAAGACCGUCUGGAUAUCAACUGUACAUUGCCCUUCAGUGAUCAGGUAGUUCUGGUGGGUGCUGAGGAAGGCCUUUAUGCCCUGAACGUCUUGAAAAACUCCUUAACCCACGUGCCUGGGAUUGGUGCAGUCUUCCAAGUGCACCUCAUCAAGGACCUGGAGAAAUUGCUCAUGAUAGCAGGAGAAGAGAGGGCUCUGUGUCUCGUUGAUGUAAAGAAAGUGAAGCAGUCUCUGGCCCAGUCCCACCUGCCAGCUCAGCCUGACGUUUCACCAAAUAUCUUUGAGGCUGUCAAAGGAUGCCAUCUUUUUGCUUGUGGCAAGAUCGAGAAUGGGCUGUGCAUAUGUGCAGCCAUGCCUAACAAAGUGGUUGUUCUGCGUUACAACGAGAGCCUCAGCAAGUUCUGCAUCCGGAAGGAGAUUGAAACUUCAGAGCCCUGUAGUUGUAUUCACUUCACCAAUUACAGCAUCAUCAUUGGAACUAACAAAUUUUAUGAAAUUGAGAUGAAGCAGUAUACUCUUGAGGAAUUCCUGGAUAAGAAUGACCACACCUUGGCUUCUGCUGUGUUUGCAUCCUCGACCAACAGCUUUCCAAUCAAUAUCAUCCAGGUGAAUCCUGCAGGGCAGAGGGAAGAGUAUCUGCUUUGCUUUCAUGAGUUUGGUGUCUUUGUUGACUCCUAUGGGAGGCGGAGUCGCUCAGAUGACUUGAAAUGGAGUCGCCUGCCUUUAGCAUUUGCUUACAGGGAGCCUUAUCUCUUUGUGACGCACUUCAACUCCCUUGAAGUGAUUGAGAUUCAAGCACGUGCUUCCCUCGGCACUCCGGCUCGAGCCCACUUGGAUAUUCCAAGCCCUCGCUAUCUGGGGCCAGCAAUUUCAUCAGGGGCAAUUUAUUUGGCCUCUUCCUACCAGGACAAACUGAGAGUUAUUUGCUGUAAGGGGAACCUAGUAAAGGAAUCAAAUAACGAGCACCACCGAGGAUCCUCUACUACGCGCAGCUGUCCACGUCCAUUGUUUUUGAAUGACAGCAGCCCGAACAAGAGAGGUCCCCCAACAUAUAACGAGCACAUAACCAAGCGGGUAGCAUCAAGCCCUGGACCUCCGGAAGGUCCGAGCCACCCUCGAGAGCCAAGCACACCCCAUCGCUAUCGAGAGGGAAGGACGGAGCUGCGUAGGGACAAGUCUCCUGGGCGCCCACUAGAGAGAGAGAAAUCUCCUGGCAGGGUCCUGAGCACCCGCAGGGAAAGGUCCCCUGGGAGGCUGUUUGAAGAUGCCAGCCGAGGACGAAUGCAAGUGGGGGGUGCAAGGACUCCCCUCGCCCAAGUCAACAAGGUCUGGGACCAAUCUUCAGUAUAAGCUACACAAGCCACCCUCAACCUUGAACUGCAGGAAGAACCAAGGAAAUGUACUGAGCCAAUGCACCUUCCUACUGGACUGUCCAGCGACCCAUCCCAGCUGCCACUGGGCCCAAGACAGAUCUGGCAACAGGAUCCAAAUCCAUCAGGACUUGAGUGGAUUGCAAGGAUUGUCCACAUCUCAGUUUAUUUUCCUGCCGCUUCCUGCAGUUGGGUUCUCCUCUCUCCCCUUUACCCUCUCUUUUUGGGCACUUUGUACUACCGUUGCUCUUUCAGGCAGUUCAUGAACUUUUUAUACUUCGCUUGUAGCCUUUUACCAGCCCCAUUGAGGAAGUUGGACAGGAUGAGGAUCCCACCUCGAGCCUGAAAAGUGGCUAUCAGCAUUUAGGAAAGACGCUGGAAUCCUGAGAAGGCCUCGUGAACAGCACAGGUCAUAGCAAUUGUGUCUCGGUACCCAGCAUCAUUGGCUUCUGCUGCUGAACUUUAGAGAAAUCCUGACCAAUUUUGUUCAUCUGCUGCUUCCAAAGCCUUUUGGAAUUUUAGUAUUCCCAGAAAAGUAGCCGUAAGUGCAGCUCUGUGGUCAGCUGGGUUAUGGGGAAGGGUAUAGCCUGUUUUUAACUAUAUCCCCAAACAUCCCCUGAUCACAUGGAAGUGGUUACACUCCAACCCCCUCUCCCGCUGCAUCAAAGCAGCACAGAGGCGUAAGACCUCCCCUACCCAGGUUUUCUGCAUGGCAGCUCCCUGCAUGCUUACUGCGACACCAUCAUCCUGGCUGCGGUCUCCUUUUCAGUUGCUUCGCUAGAUAUUGUAUCUUGUACCUCCCGUGUUAACGAAACUGAAGCCUUUAUAGAUUAUGCUGCAACAAUAAUCAUCAUUGUUUACUGGGGAAAGUGGCACUGAAGGAGAGCGACUGAGCUUACAGUUCUUGAUCACACGACACAGAACUUUACGAGGCAUGACGACAUUUCCAUCCCCAGCCAGCGCUAGACAGGAUCCUGUUUGCAAACAGUACAAUACUGGAAAUCGGCCAAGGCGAAGCUAUGCCGUCUUGCUCCAGUGGCAUAAUCGGCGCUCAACCGCUCAUAAUAAGGAGCCACUCUUAAAACGUGAGUGAGAGCAGGAAAAAAACCACACCCUCACACCGUGCCAAAAAACCUUUUCAUGGUGUGGUCCAUGCCUUUUUAUAUAUCAUAAAGAAUUGCCCUCUCCUGGCAAUAGAGGGCACAGGCAACUCAAUAGCUUUGGCAGAUUCCAAACAUCUCUCCAUGCCUUUUUUCCCUCUGAUCGCGAGACCUUUAUAGCUUCUCGCUCUUGGGUGGUGAGCACACCGAGCCAAAUUAGGCUUUGGCCAUUUAAAUUUGCUUCAGCCACAUUUCCCUCCAAGUUGGCAAGAGCAAGCCAGCCCUUCUCUUCAGCUUGUUCCUUUUUGCCAGCUGGUGCUGCCCUACUGGAGAGAUGCUGAAUUCUCCUCCGCUUUCAUCAACGCCCUUCUGGAGGGUCUUGUGGAUAACAGGGUCUGGUCUGUUGCGUAUCGGGCUAUUUUAUAUCAGAUGGGUUGUCAGGAAACAUGCUGAGAUUUCUGCCUCUGGGUCUGGGUGUCCUGAAAGGUAUUUAGGUCUUUGCAUCUCAUGGAAAAGUCCCUCGUGACCUGAAAAACUCGGCUUGUCGAGUCCUGAGAGUGUAUAUCUUGUGUCUUGUUUGUGAAAUGCUUCCUGCUAUAGAAUAGCUCAAAGGACUGUACAUAUUUACAAGAAACUUUAUAUUCGUAAAAAAAAAAAAUAAGAAAUCGAAUCAGUUUCUACUUUUUUAUUGUAAAGUGUGCAUUUUUUUCAAACUGCUAGCCCUUUGUUUUAAUGGUGGUUGCAGAAAGGCAUCUUCAGACCCUGAAGGGGCCUCGCCCGAAUCCUCCACAAUCCCAUCAAGAAAUAUUGUAACAGUUUAAAUUUGCAAGCAGACGCUUGUUAGCAUUAAAUGAGGUCUUAGGCAUUAUUACAGUACAGGAUUUGUCUUUUUAUUGCAGACAAGGCAAAGAAACAGGAAAUAACUCACAGUCCUCCUGGAAAGUAUUGAACUUGUUGUUGACAAAUAACCAAAUAAAAAAUUAAUUCACUCUA